AUGCCUAAUGUCCACGAAGAAGAAGAUUGGCAGGUCACUGCAGCACCAGGUAAAGAAUAUAUUCCUAUAGACUCAAACAGAGGACUUGCAGUGGCAAAUUUGGUUGAUGAGGAUGAUGACAUCGCACCAGAAGAUCUACCGCAGGCAAAAAGUGCCGACAAUGCCAUAGCCCAUAGCCAAGCCCAACAGCAAGAACGUAUUAAGCAGGUCAAGAUUUACAUUCUGCUCGGUAUCAUAUUUAUCCUGGCAGUCGCACUGAUUUUGAUUGUCACAUUGUCAGCACGAAACAAGAGAGUGGAGACAGUCAUGCCAACUCCUUCCCCAACUUCAGUCCCCACAGCUGCGCCAACUUCUUAUUCAGAAUACUGGCUAUUGCUUUUCCCGGAAUCAACGGCCUCUACGAUUCUGGAGGACACAGAAUCACCCCAGUCAAGAGCAUUUGGAUGGCUUAUGGAAGAGAUUGACAUUCUACACAACCUUACAGAGGGGAGAGUUUUACAACGUUUUGUACUUGCUACAUUCUAUUUUGCUAACAGCGAAAAAGAAUGGUACUUUAGUGGCAACUGGCUAAACCACAGUGUUCAUGAGUGCCUUUGGCAUCAUGCAGGUUUGGCGCAAUAUUACUUCACUUUUGAAGGCAGCAUUCCAUUCUCAUUGGAUUACAUCAGCCCAUGUGACCAAGACCCAGCUGGGUAUAUAGAGGAUGGUGUACUCCAUCAAGGAGAUGGAAUCCUGAAACAUUUUUGGCAGUCCUUCAAUGGCCUGUCAGGAUCAGGGAUUCCACCAGAGCUCUACCUGCUCACUGCACUAAAGAGCUUGGCAUUGGAUGGAUUAGAUCUAUCCAGCACCAUCCCAGAAGGGAUUUAUGACCUUUCAAAUUUGGAGUAUCUUUCGAUGGUGGAAUGUGGGCUGUUUGGCUCCAUUCCUGAAGCACUUGGAAGCUUGUCAAAUCUUGAAGUCACCGACCUUGCGUUUAAUUCUUUGACUGGAACUAUUCCAUCAUCCCUGUAUUCCCUUACAAACUCAAUGAAAGGCAUCCUUCUUACAGAAACUCAGCUAACAGGACCAUUCCCAACAGAACUUGGAUUGUUGACUAACUUGCACAGUUUAGCACUUGACACAAGCCUUUUCACUGGGAUGAUUCCUACAGAGCUUGGCAGACUGACUCUCUUGAAAGAGUUACUCCUUCACAGUCUAAUAUUGAGUGGUUCUAUCCCAAGUGAGCUUGUUUCUCUUACAGGCAUGCAAGUUCUUGAAUUUGAUGAUUCGGGUCUUACUGGGACAAUUCCUGCAUGGUUUGGCAACCUGACAACUAUGGAAGGAUUGACAGUGGAGAAGAACUCCUUCACUGGGACUAUCCCAACAGAACUUGGCCUUCUAACAAAGAUUGUUGUGUUGUGGCUUGGCGUGAAUGCUUUGUCGGGCACAAUCCCAAGUGAAUUUGGAGCUUGCGAGCAAUUGGACUCGUUUACCUUGGAAAUCAAUCACCUGACAGGAACCAUUCCUACAGAGUUUGGACAGCUUGCUGAAUUGGAGCAGCUUUGGCUGUUUGGCAAUGAUUUGACUGGAACAGUACCCCUGGAGCUCGCCAAUGUUCCUUUCCCUGCACCUUAUGGUCAAGUCUUGUUGCACGGAAAUGAUCUUUCUGGCAUUAUCCCUGAGAGCUUGUGUUCUGCCCACAACCUUACUUUUGACUGCGGCAACCUGCUCUGUGGAUGUAACGCGUGUAACUGUUCUGACAUUAAAACAUCAUCGAUACUCGAGGAAGAGAAUACCGAUGAAGACGGUCAGCUGCCCAGCGAGGUUAACCGGACCGAGGGGAACCAAACUGUACCCUGA